AAAUAUGGCUAAUCCUUCGAAUAUUGAACUUGUGUACCCAAAUCGCAAAAACUUUUACCCGGUUAAUGGAGUCACUACUCAGGGUUGGUUCGCGAUUGAUUCCACCUUGAGAGAUCUACAGAAUGUAGCCUUAUUUCGAGGAAUACCAUCGCGAUCAAAUAAGUUCGAUGGAAAUGGAUAUACGAUUCUGACGAUUCAAAAUGUAGCCAAGCAGAUUAAGCCACAAGGAGGUUUUUGGUUAAAUGCUCAGCACGAUGCAUUCUACGAGCAACACAAUUUAAGCAUGAGUAGUUUUAUAGUAUCAGCCUCAAGAACUGUUUCCAUUAAUUUCAUAUCUUCCCCUGAAGUGAAUUUCUUUAUGAAAAUUGCUGGCCAUUUCAAGCAUAACGGACCGAGCUUUGUGUUCCAGUUUCUUGCAAAAGAAGAUUUCGAGCCGACCACAAACCAAACAUACGGUUCUAUCUUGAGUAACCUAACGUUUGUCAAGACGUUUUCUUCAGGGAUUCUUGUUCCCAAGUCAUAUAUAUUGCAACUUGAUAACAAGCAGUACUUGAUUCCACAUACAUCCUUAGUUCAAGAUGCUCACAAAGCGGGAUUAGAAGUAUAUGUGUCAGGUUUCGCAAAUGAUGCUGAUAUUGCUCAUAACUACAGUUUCGAUCCAGUGUCUGAGUAUCUAUCUUUUGUGGACAAUGGCGAUUUUUCUGUCGAUGGUGUGGUCUCUGAUUUUCCCUUAACUGCAUCUGCAUCCAUUGAUUGCUUCUCCCACAUUGGCAGGAACGCUACGAAACAAGUGGAUUUUCUUGUAAUAUCAAAAAAUGGUGCGAGUGGGGACUAUCCUGGAUGUACGAACUUGGCAUAUGAGAAGGCAAUCAAAGAUGGUGCUGAUGUUAUUGAUUGCUCGGUCCAAAUGUGCAGCGACGGUACACCCUUUUGCUCAAAUUCUAUCGAUCUCGGGGAUAGCACAAUGGUCGCACAAACUCCUUUCAGAAACCGUCUAACAACUGUUUCUGAAAUUAGCUCAAAUGGUGGGGUAUACACUUUUAGUCUAACAUGGCCUGAGAUCCAAAAUUUGACUCCUGCUAUUUCAAACCCUUACAGGUCAAAUAGUAUGUUAAGGAAUCCGAAUGAGUCAAAUUCUGGAAAUCUUAUUUCGCUUUCUCAAUUCCUAGACUUGGCAAAGAACUCCACAUCUCUCUCCGGUGUUUUGAUCAUUGUUGAGAAUGUAGUGUACCUGAGAGAGAAGCAAGGGCUCGACGUUAUUAGAGCGGUUCUGGACACACUCACAGAAACUGGUUACAACAACAUAACCACAACAAAGGUCAUGAUUCAGUCUACGAACAGCUCGGUUCUACGGGAAUUCAAAAAGCAGAGCAAGUACGAGACUGUCUACAGAAUUGAAGAAACCAUUAGUGAUAUUCUUGACUCGGCUAUACAAGACAUAAAGAAAUUUGCUAACGCUGUUGUCAUCGGAAAAUCAUCAGUCUUUCCCGCCACUAAAAGGUUUCUCACUGGGCAAACCGCGGUUGUUGAGAGGCUGCAGAAGUCUCAGCUUCAGGUUUAUGUGGAACUAUUUGAGAAUGAGUUUGUCUCUCAAAAACUCGACAGCUUCUACGAUGCAACUAUUGAGAUAAACACAUAUACCUAUGGAUUCGGUAUCAACGGAACCAUCACCGAAUACCCUUUCACAGCAGCAAGAUACAAACGGAAUCGAUGUUUGGGCAGAAAAGUAAUACCACCUUACAUGUCAGCCAUUCAACCCGGUGACCUCUUAAAUACUCUUGUGAGUCCUCUGUCCUUACCUCCGGCCGAAGCUCCAAACCUUGUUUUCACAAAUGUUGAUGUCAGUGAGCCACCACUACCUCCGGUAGCAAAAGCAUUAACCUCAUCAACCAAUGCAGGAGCACAUAGCGGACAAACCCGACUCCCUAUUUUUCUCUCUGGUUUUUUUGCCUCUCUUCUACUUAUGUGAGCAACGCUAGAUCUCAUCUCCUCUCUGUUUUAUAAUAUCUUUAGGCCUCGCGUGUUUUUCCUUGGGUAAACUCAGUCAAAUCUUAAUUUGUAGCAACCAUAUUUUUCAUAAAAAUUCUUAUUCACUCUU